AUGACAUGGUUUUGCCGAAGUUGCGAAGUCCAAAACAGUCAACAUUUAGACAAAUGUCGACAGUGCCGAGCGCAUUGGAGCGAAGUGUGGGAACCGCCCAAGCGCAAGGUGCGAAGUCGCAGCAAAUCUCGGAAGUACAACAAAGCAGAAGCAACCGGAGAACAAGAACAGCAGGCCACAUGGCAAGUGUUCCAGGAGAAAGUCCCCUGGGUACAGUCCACGCCUGCCAGAGCAACAUCGUACAGAACCGAUGUGACUUCGGAUGCCAAGGACAAAGACUUACAGCUGCCGCCACAGCCAGUCUUACCACCUCCGCCCAUGCCUUCAAUGGAAAGGGAAGGAGGCGAUGCUUUGACUACGGAAGAGAUCAAGGUGCUAGAACACCUACGUGGGUUGAAGGGCAUGAAUAUUGCUUUGCCAGAGGAAAUGGCACAGCAGUUAGCCGAUUUGACCGUCAAGGAACAAAGAAUGGCCACGGCCAAAGCCCUCACACAUGGACACAUCAACAAGUUCCACAAGGUGAAAGGGCAAGUGGCUAGGGCAGCCAAACGCAUUCGAGAGCUCGAUGCAGAGUGGAAUGCUUUCAUGAAUCGUACAAUGGAGCGUGUCAAAGAACAUGGUCUCCUGUACCAGAAAUGUCGUGCCGACAUGAUGGAAACAUACAACCAGAAGCUGAAGGAGCUACAGACCUUGAAGGAGGAGGUCUCAAUUGCCUCCAGGAGUCUGGUGGAUCAACACACUGGGGAUUUCGACAUGGACGAGAUGCCAGGAGUUGCAGAUCAGAUGAUGAAACUGCAAAAUGCGCUGGCGGAAAAUGGGACAGUCGAUCUUACAGGGGAUCAAAUGGAAGACCAGUUGGACGAAGAAGAACUGGUUGCAGCAAACAUGGAUCAGGGGGAGGAAGAGGCCAAGAAGGAUCUCCCUUCUGCACUGAGACCAUUCAGAUCGGCAGCAUCUCCGCAGCAAGUGGCCAAGACACACUUGAAAGCAAAGCAAGAGAAACAUCAGAAAGACAAGGACAAAGAGGGCGGUGAAAUGAGUGUCACCAAUGUUCCGGAAACAAACGAGGAGGAUGAAGCCUCAUUGCUUUCUGUUGGUGACAGUGCUUGUUUUGGAGAAACAGGUGUUGGAGAAGUUGCGAAAAGCCAGUUGCCCGUGGUGAGUGGCAAGGAAAUUUCAAAAAGUGAAGUUGACAUGGUGAGACAUUUUGGGAAGCCCUUUUUGCAUGUGGGAACCAAGAAAGAGGGUAACACAGUUCUUCCCUUGGACAGCCAUCGGUCUUCGCACGAGAACCCUCUGAUAGACCCAGGCGGAAAGUUCCAAGCAAGGGAUGUCCUUUCAUGUGGCAACAAUCGGACCAUCAGGCGCACAGAGGCUAACUUGGAUCUCUGUGGUCUUGUGGAUUCCAGCAUCGACUGUGAAGCUCGUCCUGUGGGUUCAGAGCAGACACAGGCUCACCAAGGUGAAGAUGCGAAUGAGGGUAGGCAUUUGCAACAAGUUUCUUGGAAGGAUGCAACAGAUUGGCUUCACUUUCCUUACACAUGGUGCCAGGGCUUGCACAAGGGUAUGAUGAGACGCACAGAGGGUAACUCGGAUCUCUGUGGUCGCACAAGCCGCGAUACCACCUUGUUAGAUGUGGAGUUUGAGUUUGAACCCGCUGGUGAAAUAGUAGGUGGCCUGCGCGUCAUUCAUGGGGAGGAGGAUCAAAAUGAAGUGAAUGUUGCAGCAGAUGACUCCUCGGCCAGUUCUGAGGCUACCACGGACCUGCCAGAAGAUGAAUGGACGGAUGACCCAGAGGAAUUUUCCUUGACCAGUUUAUACCGGAGGUGGACGGUGGUGACUUUCGGGUUGGGGCUCGUGGAACUAGGCAGAAGAGAUGCUAGUUUUGAUCCCCUAGCGCCGAAUGAGCUCAUGCGUGUGGUGUUGGACUUAUGGGAUGACCAUGCCCAACAAGGCGACCUCAUUGCAUACAAUGUCAGCCCACAGCCGAUGGACAUAGCUGGAGAAAAGUCUAUAGUCCUUAUCGUUGAGAUUGACAUUGAAGGCACAGAUGAUGAGCGAUUGCAACCCGUUUUGGUGCAUGAAAGAGCGGUUUCAGAGGUGUCAGUCAGGAAUCAAUACUAUGCAUCAAGGCUGUAUGUUGAAUCCACAAUGACUGAAAUUUUCUCCCAGCUCGGGCUGCAACAGCAUUGCCCACCGUUGACAGCACGAGAAUGUGGAGUGAGGCUGGGGCAGGUCAGUUUGGAGGAUGGACAUCACUAUGAUUUCGAUCCGGGUAUGUUAUGCCUAGUUUGGAUUGGACCCAUUUGCAAGGAGGUGCAAAGAGCCAGCCAAAGGAUCAAUCAAGUGGAGGCCUUCUUCCUCCAGUGCAGGAGCUUGCAGAAUCUCCAGCCUGAGUGUGAAGAAAUUGUGCUUAUUGUUCAUGGGAUUUCGCCGGCCAAUAGGCCACUUGGUCAGCGUGAAAUUGUGCGCAGGGCUGAUCAGUUGAAGAAUCUUGAGUGGAUUGAUUUCAUGAUACAGCUUUGGCCUUUUGACGCCCAACAGGUGCAAAUUGGUUUUGUCCCGGAUAUGACGAAUGAUGUUCGAGAGAUGGUGCGACCAUGUUUCCACUUCGUCAUCAGUUAUGGUCAUGGGGAUGGACGUCCAGUCCUAAUCCAUCAGCAAAUCAGUGUGGCUGAGAAGUUGCCAGGUGGACAGAAAGCAAGGGAGGUUCAAAGAGACUGGCAGGGAGGUGAUUUGGUGACAGCCCGAUUCGUGGUUUGGCAGCAACAUCAGGCCUUGACCUUGCUGUUAAGCAAUGAUGAAUGCGAGGACCAUGGAGAUGUGGAAAUGACAAGCUUGAUGCAGCAUCGAAUGAGAUUGAAAAGUGAAGGAAAGCCAAAACAGCAAGUAAAUCAUCAGAGUUUUGAAUGCUUGCACACUAAUGGGCUCCAGGACACCGGUUUCGUGGAAAUUUGCAGAGCUCUGCAUGAGAGCCUUGAUGUGGAUGAUAAAAGAGUUCAUGGUGGUCAGGAAAUGAACCAGCAAAAUUUCCAAGAUGACAAAAUUUCCUGCGAUGUUCUGUCGAGCAAAGAGCAUUCACUGUCUUUUCAGCAGGGACGUGAUGGGGAUAACUUGGAUCACAUCAGUUCCUAUCGCAAGCCAAAUGAACAUGAGGCCACCAGAGAUGCAAGGGCAGAGUUGCAUUUGCAGGAGGGGGAUGCUCUCUUGCGACCAUGCCAAGAGGAUAACUCGGAUCUCUUGGAUGGCUGGAGCAAACAACAAUUGCAGAAUCCAGUUCAAGAAAACAACGAUGUGAUGCUGGAGAGUUUGAAGUCGGAUUUGCAAGCCCUCUUCACAGAAGGAUGGAAGGGGCUGAAUCGUGAUUUUGCUCUUAUCCCCUACAUGCAUCCAUAUGCAGUCAUUGCCAGCCAACAGGUGAAAUUGGAUGUUGAGUGCCACAAUGUCUUCCAUAUUUUCACGGAUGGAUCUUGCAAGCGUCACAAUGCGGCAUGGGCUUUUGUCGUUCUCUGUGAAUGCAGGUUGCCAACGCAUUCACACUUUGUUCGCAUUGGUUAUGCUGCUGGGAUGAUUGAUGACUCAAUUGGGCCAGUGCGUAUGACAGCAACCGAUGCUGAGGCGACUGCCAUUAUUGCUGGGGUGGAAUACCUCUUGGCAUGCCCCACAAUUCAACAUGCGGAGAUCUUCUUCCACUAUGAUGCUUUAGCUGUGGGCCAUGGUGCAUGUGGAUUGCAAAAUGUUGUUCAGCAUGUGGAUCCCUUUUCGGUUAUGAUGUCCAUUUUGCAGCAGAGGGCAAGUGAAGCGGAUCCCAAUGAGGGGUGGUAUGACCCGACACUAUCCCUUGAGGCCAACAAGUGGGAGCAAGGAAAAAAGGGUAGAGACAUGAAAGAAGACCAGCAUCAUGAAUGUAGGGUUCAUCGGCUGAGAUUUGCGACGGCAAAUGUUGAGACUAUGGAGUACAAUGGUGAUUCUGAUUGCGGCAGCAUCAAAGCAAAUGAAUUGCUGCGCCAAUGCCAAUUGGAACACAUUCACAUUUGUGCAAUUCAAGAAUCCAGAGCCCGGGUGUCACGCAUGGUCACGAUUGGCCCUUUUACUCGGCUUGUUGCCAAAGGCUGCAAUGGACAAGCUGGGGUGGAAUUGUGGUUGAAUGGCGAGGAAUUGGCCAGGAUUUUCCUUUGUGUUUUUCAGCCUGAAAAAGAUGUGUGCGUGUGGCAUUCAUCGGAACGCAUCCUUGCAGCACGAUGCCAAAUGGGUAAGUCAGCAUUGGAGAUUGUCGUUUUCUAUGCGCCUCAAAGAGGCCGCAGUGCGCAAGAGAAAGAACAGUGGUGGAAGCACUUCAAAUCUGUCCUGGAGAAAAGAGACAAACGAGCUCAUCUUUUCAUGCUUGGGGAUGGCAAUUGUAGUGUUGGUUCAUGUUCCGGUGAUGAAAUUGGACAUCAUGCUGCUGAUUUGGAAGACGAAGGAGGUGAACUUCUCCGUGAAAUCUGCAGGGAACAAAAACUCAUGAUUCCCUCCACUUUUGAGUGCUGGCAUGAAGGGCAGGCAUACACAUUCACUAGUGCGCAUGGUGAUAGAUCCAGAAUCGACUACAUCUUGAUACCACAAGAACUUGGUGCAAGUGUGGUGCGUUCUUUCAUACAUCAAGAUCUUGAUCUCAUGAAUGGUGACAGAGAUCAUUUUCCUCUUUGUCUGGAAUGCGACAUCAAGGUUGGCAAGAAAGAAGUGGUCAGACGUUUCAACAGGAGCCCAAUAUACCACCGAGCUGAGGCCAUGAAAAUGCAGCAAAAGGCUGCUAUGCAAGAUAUUUUGGUGAACUGUCCAUCUGUGGACUGGUCUGUUGAUGUUAAUGACCACUGGAAUUGGGUGCGACACCACCUGCAGCAAAAGGUCAAAGACCUUUUUCCGUGCCAGAAGCGCCAGCAGCGUCAAUUGUAUUUCUCCAAAGAGGCUUGGAAUGUGCUUUGCUCCAGAAAGGAGAUCCGCAAGCAAUAUAGAGCCUUGCAACGUGAGAAAAGAAUUUUGAUUUUGAGUGCCAUUUGGAAGGCAUGGAAAGGAAACGUGCAGGACUCUCAAGCAGAGGAAACGUUUCGCAUGCCUUUGCAUUUUCUGAGAUGCCAAGAAGCUGUCACCUUAGAAGCGCGCAUCAGGGUGGACCAUGACUUCAAAUGCAUCAAAAGAAGAGAUUGGAGGCAGUGGAUAAAGCAACAACUUGUUGACAAAGUUGAAAAGGCCAGAGGAGUGCGUUCAGCGGAGUUGUUCAAGAUCUUGCGUCCCAAGCAAAUGAUUGCCAGAAGCACCGGCAAACUGAUUCGUCAGCUUCCCGGACUAUGUGGAGAGGAUGGACAAUGGAAAAACAACAGGGAUGCCAUCGCUUUGGAAUGGCAAACACAGUUUGGAACCAUUGAAAACGCUGAGGAGGUUACAGCAACAGAAUUGCUUCAACGUUCAGUUUCAAGACAUGAAGACUGCUGGCAAGCACUCGAUCUCCUUUCAGUUCCUUCCCUCUACCAAUUAGAAUCAGCAAUCAGAGCAUUGCAGGCAGCCAAGGCCACGGGCCUUGAUGGCCUAGGAGCGGAAGUGCUUCAAGCUGAUCCAGUUGUAGCAGCCAAAAAGUUGUACCCGAUCUUGUUAAAAGCAGCGGUCAGAGGUCAAGGCGUCAUGGAGUUCGCAGGUGGAUGGUUGCUGCCAUUGUUCAAAGGCACAGCCUCCGGCAUGCAGAGCUUGGAAAAAGUGUUUGCAAAGAUGAAUUUACCAACUGACAUGAAAGAGGAGUUUCUGCAGCAGACGAUGGGUGUCAAUCUCAUCAAGGAGGCUACAGGAUCAGCUGUCAUGGCCAACAGUGCAGCGGCAAUGCUGGGCUUAACAUGGUUCGUGAUACCAGAGUCCAAGUCGCUGCAAGCGCCCAUGACCGGCUCAAGGCCGGGAGACCCUAGCGCAGAUGUGCUAUUUUCGCUGGUCUUAUCCAAGGUGAUAGGUGUGAUUGAAGAAAGAGCACAGCAGAUUGGCAUUCAGCUUUCACGUGAAACGACAGCUGGUCAAGUCUCGAACAUGGUCACCUGGGUGGAUGACAUCGCUUUUUCUCUCACAGAGGAUGCUGAUCGUUUGGUGGGCAGAACCAUGGAUUUGCUGGGCAUAGUACAAGAUGCAAUGCUGGAGCAUGGUCUGUCCCUUUCUUACGGGGUUGGAAAAACAGCAGUGAUGAUCUCGUUUCAUGGAAAGGGAGCGACUGUUGCACGGCAGGAAGCAGAGCAGAAGCAUGGUCAAGGAUUGGCAUUGAUGAGUGAGCACAAAGGCAAAGUGAUCAUCCCGAUCGUGGGGCAUUACCGACAUCUUGGCGGCUUCAUCACAAGAUCGGGUUCGAGAAUCCCGGAGCUGAGGGUCAGAACUGUCGGUGCCCUAUCCAAACUCAAGCCGUUGCGACGGAUUCUUGUUCAUGAAGGUCUCCAAAAGGAGCAGAGAAGUCGGCUCAUCAAGAGUUUGGGCUUGUCAGUUUUCACAUUACACGCUGGCACACUUUUUGCUCUUACCCAAGGUGAAUAUCAAGUUUGGCAAGCGGGUAUUCACAAAAUCUACCAAUCCCUUCAUCAAAGAAAGGCAAAUGGUGAGGUGCGGCACUCCACUAUGUAUCAGCUAGCUGAUGCGAUGCAAUCACCUAUGCCUUUGGAACUGAUGUAUCUUUGCAGGCUGCGUUUGUUGGUGCAUCUUUUCAAGACAGGAGAUGCGUAUAUGAUUGCGGCGAUUGUGGAGAAUUUUGAGAUUGAGAAAGAGAACUCGUGGCUUCAAGGGGUCUUUCAUAGUUUGAAAUGGUUGAAAAAUCAAGUUGGCGCAGAGCAGGUGCCAGAGGAGCUUUUUCAGCUGAUGGACCCGCAAGUUUGGAAUUGGUUUCAAGCAGGAGCUCAUGAACUCAAGGGUUUGAUCAAAAAGGCAGAGCAAUCUCACUUGUGCAAGGUCAAAUCAUUUUGCGAGUUGAAAACUCAUGCGGAGGUGCAAGAUCAAAUCUGCAGAGAAAUGGGAUGGACCUUGGAGGAGGAGAGUGAGAAAGGAGAGGAAUCCAGCACAAGUGCAGGCCUUCAUGAAUGCACUGAAUGUGGGGAGAUGUUUGACAAGGCCUCUUCAUUGGCCACCCAUGAGCAACGCAAGCAUAACAAACGAGUUGCUCUGAGGAGGGUGGCAUGUGAUGCAGCAUGUCGUGCAUGUGGUCGGUUUUACCACACGCGGCCUCGCAUGAUCAAGCAUUUGCAGAUGGCGAAGUCAGGGUGCUGGAUUUUUCAUUUACGGAAUUAUGUUCCCAUGUCUGAAGAGGCAGCAGCCGAGCUUGAUGAGCAUGACAGAAAGAGGGGAGUGGCUGCUCAUCAGAAGGGGCUUGUGGAGCACUCCUUAGAUCAAGGUUGGCGUUGGUGCACUGAUCAGGAGAAAAAACACAUUUUGCCUUUGAAGGAACACCCUCCUGUGCAAGAUGGUGCACCAACGGAGGAGCUGGCGGAAUGGGCAGCUCUGGGUAUGUUACCUCCAAGACAAGGAGGCAGACAAAUCACAUUGAGAAACGCAACUGAAUGGACGGUGCACAAUGUGGGACAAGAAGCAACCAAAUUUGAGCAUCAGCUCCUUGACAGAGCCACCAGAUGGAAUCCGAAUCCGGAUUGGAUCCCUAGAGGGCCGGCAGAUGGAAGGCGUUUUUUCCUGAUCCUUUUUUCAGGACAUCGUCGUUUCGAGGAUCUGGCUUCAUACAUUUGGUGGCAAUCAAAUUUAAUCCCGAUUUGUGUGGAUGUUGCCAUCCACCCAGAGUUUGGCAAUGUCCUGGAGAUUGGGUUGUGGCGUUCACUUAUUCAUGCCAGACGAGUCGCAGGGGGGCACGCUGGCCCCCCAUGCGAGACAUACUCCUUGGCCAGAUGGUUGGAAAUUGAAGACAGCAUUUAUCCAAGACCUUUGCGGAGUUGUGAACAGCCUUGGGGAUUGGAUGGAAGAACGCUGAGAGAGACACGGCAGUGGAUGAUGGGAAACAUCUUGAUGUGGCGUGCUCUUUUUCUCCUUUUCACCAUCUACGCAUAUGGAGGCUCAUUCACCCUGGAACACCCAAAGGGCUGUGGAGGUAAGGACAACAAGUGGACCAUAUGGGACUCAUCCUUUAUCAAACAGCUCAUGUUGGCAGGGGACAUCAAGCUCUGGGCAAUACUUCAAGGCCCGUUGGGACAACCAUUCGCCAAACCAACCAAUCUUCUGGCAGCGAGGUUGGAAAGGUUGGGGGCGGCCAUCUAUGAAGGCUACAACAAGCGAUGGCGGCCGACGACAAAGCUUGGGGGCCGUGAAGGCUCCCAGUGGAAAACGGCCCGUGCAAAGGCAUAUCCACCAGCUUUGUGCCGCAUACUAGCGCAGCAGCACAUUGCCUCCGCUGAGCAGCAAAUUGGGGAGGGAACAACCCAGGAACCGGAAGGUUUGGAACAAGCAUUGGAUGCACUGGCGAAUUCCUAUGACCCUUAUUGGCUAGAAGCGAAGGGCACAAAAAUGUGCUCGGAUUACAAUUUUGGAAAGAUUUCAGAGGACUCAGUAGUCACCUAA